AUGAGCGGGCAAAACGACUUCAACCCUUGGGAGGACGACGAUCUGUACGACGGUGUGGACGAUGCCGACCACUUCUUCCUCGCCGACAACGACAUUCAAGACAUUAUCGACGACCUGGAAGUGCGGGAGACGGACGAUUCCGACUCCGAGGGCGAUGGGGAUUACGUCCCACAUCACACCCUCUUUCACGAUGACGAUGAUGAGGAACUAGAGGAAGAAGACGAUGAGGACGAGGACGAGGACGAGGAAGAGGAAUCAGAGGACGAUACGCCCCAAUACCCGGGCGGCUGGCCCCAGCGAGUCUAUCUCGUCGAUGACGACGACUCUGAUUCAGAGACUGGGGUUCCGCUCGGUCCUCGCCAGCUUCAAGAGCUUGCAACUCUGUUCAACAGCGAAACCGGUAUCAGCGCCGACGCUCGUUCAACGCUGCUUCAGCAUCUCCUGGGACGCACAGUCGGGCAUUCCAUGCGAACUCUUCGGCGACCAGCAGAGGAUCCUGCGGCCAGGCGCCGCGGACAGCGGUGGUGGACACCGCAACGUGAACCCCACCCCGCUGGCCUUGCCCUUCUCCGUGGUGGCGAGUUUGGACCCGUCGGGCCGUGGACCCCAGCCUCCAAGCCCGAGCAACGAGGUCGUCGUCCUGGUCAACGGUAUGGCAGGAUGCCCGUGUUCCGCUCCUCCGAGCCCACCAUCCCCAACACCCACGGCACGGUCGUCGCUUCCUACCCUUCCGUGCCCUAUGUGGGCCAAUACUGUGGUCCGGACUAUGGUGUUUUCUACUCUGCUACACAGCACUUCACGCUUCACCUGUACUCGACCAACCAGCCCAAGACCAAUGUCCGCCGACACACGACCGCUGCAGCACCGUCACCGCCACCAGAGGAUGCAGAGAGCAGCGAGGAUGACAUGUGGGGCCGCAGCAUGCUCGGCCGUCGACGUCGUGCGGCCAUGAGGGAGGAUUCGAGUAUGCGCAAGAUCAAAAACGUGCAAGGCGUGGAAGGCCAGUGGACGGUCACCGACGCAGACGCCGACCGGUCCGGCCAGCGCAUGAUCUACUCGUCCAUCACACCAUACGUCCACAUGCUCUACACGGCGGAACACGAUGCUCAGCAUAUCCGUCUCGACUUUUCCAGUCGCGAUGGAGUGUGGGGCCAUGACCACUUUGGUAUUUGGAGUAUCCGCUUCUCGGCCGACGGCAAGGAAGUCGUCGCUGGUGCAGGCGCUCAGACGGACGGCCGUAUCAUGGUCUACGACAUUGAAGCCGAGCGCCGUAUCCUCUCCGUCCCGGGUCACCGCGAUGACGUCAACGCGGUGUGCUUUGCCGACGAGAGCUCGACCAACGUCCUCGUCUCAGGAAGUGAUGAUGGCUACGUCAAGGUUUGGGAUCGCCGCUCUCUGUCGUCGAACACACCGUCAGGUGUGCUCGUCGGCGCGACCGAGGGCAUUACAUACACGGCACCCAAGGGCGAUGGGCGCUACAUUGUUGUCAACUCCAAGGACCAGGCGGCGCGUCUGUACGACCUCCGCAUGAUGCGUAGCUGGAGCGAAUUCUCCAACGAACCGGACGCCGUGGCUCAAUGGGGCCAGGCAAACUUUGACUACCGCCAAAUGAGAUACAACGCGCCCAAGCGUCUCGCCCACCCUCGCGACUGCAGCGUCAUGACCUACCGCGGCCACAGCGUGCUCCAGACGCUCAUCCGAUGCCACUUUAGCCCCGUCGAGUCCACUGGCCAAAGCUACAUCUACUCUGGCUCGGCCGACGGCCUGAUCCACAUCUGGUCGCUGGACGGCCGCGUCGUCCAGGUCCUCAACCGCGCCGAGAGCGUACCCCUGCGCGACAGUGCCGGAAACUACAACGACCCGUCGGCUCCGGAACCGGUGCGCGGGCGCAGACGCGUCGGCGCGAACGCGUACGAACACGGCGAGCGCUGGACGGUCCGUGACGUCGCGUGGCACGGGUACGAGCCCACGCUCAUGAGCACGUGCUGGGAGCUCGAGGGCAGCUUCCGCCACGGAGGUAGCAUUGCCAAGCACGAGUGGAAGGGCUUGGGGAAAGGGGGUCUGCGCUCGCUCGAGGACUGGGUCGAGAAGACUGCUGCAGAGGGCGAGCAGCAGCAGAGUGGCAGCAGGGGCGGUGAGAGGUGGUUGUAA